AUGGCGCAAGGGUAUUCCAUUUUCAUUGGCCUCGUGGUCAUCGUUGCGUUAAGCGCAGCGGCUUGGUUUAUGUCCCCCAAAGGCGAGAAUCAAGUAUUAUGGCGAUCAUCUCUAAUUCUUGCUAUCGUCAGCUGCUAUCUCAUGUGGCUUAUCACCUUCCUCGCUCAACUCCAUCCGCUGAUUGCACCAAAACGAAGCGACCUGCGAGAGGAGUUUCUAGGGCACACCAUGUAG